GCGAACAACGGUACGCUUCUUCAUCUAAAGCUCUGUGCGGCGCUCCCGGUGAAUGUCAGCACGUGGUAUUUGGUUGUAGUUUUUUAACGUAAUAUUAUUUUGUCCUCAUAAAACAGCGACUUCAUCUUAGAAACUGGAAUUUUGAACUUUUGAGUAACUUUGAAAAGUUGCUUUCUGAACUUUGUGAGCGUUUAGUCCGGGCUUGUGUUCUUUAAUGUUUGUUUUUCUUUCUAAUUGUACACGUUUUGUUAUUUUGAUUGUUUCGUCAUCUCUGCAAUGUAAGAAGUUAACGGACAUGGAAUUUUUCGGUCGGUGUUCAUGGGAAAUUAAAGGAAUGUGUUGUCCGCGGAUAGUGCAGCAUCUUUCUGGCGAUGGCGACAGUGCGGGAUGCUACGUGACUCGCAGUUGGGCACUCGAAUAAUCGUUGCCUCUCCGGGCGAUACUGAUGAAGCCAGCCUACGUUGGUUUCAGAAGAUGAACUGGGAUUCACAAAGGAUGAAGCCAGACCUGCAGUGAGAGACGCAAUGAACUACAGGGCUCAUUGACCAGGCAGCUGUGGAGCCUUGCAAGAUUGGCAAAACUGAUUGAGAAGCAAUCCCUGGAAUCAUUUAAGAGUCCCACAUCCAAGAAUGAGGAUCAAAUACACAAUAUCCCUCGUCUUUAUUGUGGCACUCGUCAUCAUCGAAAAAGAAAACAACAUUAUUUCAAAGGUCUCUGAUAAACUCACGCCGAGGCAGACUCCUCAAACCCCUCUGCAGUCCAACGUUUCAGCCCCCGCCUUGCUGAAACAGAAUGGAUCCUACUCUUCCCUCAGUCAGCUGGACGUGAUCUUCAUGCACCUGAAGAGACGUCUGGAGAACUACACCCAGCGGACGGAGAGCCGGGCGGGCGGGAGGAAGCACAUCCUCCUCAUGGCCACCACCAGGACCGGCUCCUCUUUUGUGGGCGAGUUCUUCAACCAGCAGGGCAGCAACAUGUUCUACCUGUUCGAGCCGCUGUGGCACGUGGAGAAGAUGCUCACCCUGGAGACGGGCGGCACCAACGCCACAGCCUCGGCCAAGGCCUACCGGGACGUGCUCCAGCAGCUGUUCCUCUGUGACUUUUCCCUGCUGGAGACCUUCAUCAACCCGCUGCCGGUGGACCAUGUCACCACCAACCUGUUCCGCCGGGAGUCCAGCAGCUCCCUGUGCGAGGAGCCUGUCUGCACCCCCUUCGUGAAGAAGGUUUUCGAGAGGUACCACUGCAAGACCAGGCGCUGCGGGCCUCUGAACCUGACCCUGGCGUCUGAGUCAUGCCAGCAGAAGGAGCACCGGGCCAUCAAGACGGUGCGGGUCAGGCAGCUGGAGACGCUGCGGCCGCUGGCGGAGGACCCCCGCCUGGAUGUCAAGUUCAUCCAGCUGGUCCGUGACCCGCGCGCUGUCCUGGCAUCCAGGAUGGUGGCCUUCUCUGCCAAGUACAAGAACUGGAAGAAGUGGGCCGUGGAUGGCGAGGUGCCCAUCGAUGACGACGAGGUGAAGAAGCUGAAAGGAAACUGUGACAACAUCAGGAUGUCUGCGGAGGUGGGCUUGAAACAGCCGGCCUGGUUGCAGGGGAGGUACAUGCUGGUGCGCUAUGAAGACAUUGCCAGGUACCCCAUGCAAAAGGCAGCUGAGAUGUACACGUUUACUGGGAUCCCCUUCACUCCGCAGGUGAAAGAAUGGAUUCUUAAAAACACCCAAGCUUCGAAGGAAGCCAGCGGCGUGUAUUCGACACAGAAAAAUUCAUCAGAACAGGUGGAAAAGUGGAGGUUCGGUAUACCUUACAAACUGGCCCAAGUUGUGCAGAAGGUCUGUGGGCCAACUAUGAAGUUGUUUGGUUAUAAAUUUGUUGAUGACGAAGCUAUGCUAACUGACAAGACUGUCAGUUUGCUUGAAGAAAAGAUGUUUUAGUUCAAUUAACUUUUAUGUUCUUAUAAAAAAAAUCUGCUCAAGCAGAAGAAAACAACAUAUGUUGGAACAAGGGAAUAUAGUGUGAUAUUAUAUUUAUUAAGCCUGAUGGAACAAGUAAAACAAUGGAGAAAGUUGUAGAAAGAUAAGUAUCUCUAGUUGUAUCAGGUGCAGAACUCCAGGGUAUGGCUAUGUUUUACGCUUGAAUCACUUGAAUAACUUUGAUGGAAGGGGAUCUAUCACCAAAGACCAACUGACAGCAGAACCUUCCUGACAUGUGUUCUGUCAUGUUGAAGGAGUUUUAAACUGCCCUUUACCUUUUGUCAUUCUAGUGGAGGGAAAAAGAGUUUCUUUAAAAAAUGAUGGUGUUCUUUGCGGUACAAAACACGCUGCGCAUAUUAAUACCGCAUGGCGAUAAUUUAGUUUUCAGUUGAAGCCUGUGGCUUUAGCGCUUUUGAUCUGAACUUUGCUGCAUUAGUUAUCGCCUGCUUUAUGACAAUGUGUUAGGCAACAUAAACCAAAAUCAGAGAGUGUAUUUGACCUUGGGUGGGUAACUAUAAAUUCAAAUCACAAUAUUUCAGUACUUUUAGGAUAUUAACAAUAUGCAGUCUCAGCGUCACAAGUCUGUAAUCUCCAACCAUUUGCUAUUUGUUCACUAUUCUGUCUCUCAGGACACAGAAAUUUAUAUUUGGUCUUUAGAUACAAACUCAUUCCAAACCACAGAACCUUUCACUCAGAACCAGAUCAUUUUGUUUGAGACAAUGAAGGCCUCUGAACUUUCAUCUAUGAGUCAUUGCAUGGCUGGCUAACUAGUGUACUGUAUAUUUCAGAUGUAUUGAACUGUAUUGUUAAAGUGAAAAGCAUGCAAUGAAGGGCCAUGGUAUUUAAUCAAGCAUGCCUUCAGCUAGGUCUCCUUCAUUAGAAUUUGAUAAUGUGGCCUGAUACAGAUACUGGUACAGACACAUGUGAUACGGAACACAAGGCAUCAGAUUCAAUAGCCAGCUGAACUGACCUGCACCUGAAAUGCAUUCACACAAAUAUUAAACCCCUCCACCACACUUUACUUUUUCAGUUGCUCGUGUUAUUUUAAUUAUCAGAGAGGAUCAUUUUAGUGUACAUGAAAUUAUACCAGUUUAUUGAGUUAAUGUUACCCACCGCAAAUUUGCCAUAAUAAAAUUAGUCGUUUUAACCCGAGACAAUUAGUGAGUUAAUUCAUCAUACUUCUCCAUUACCAAAAUACAGAACAUGAAAUUAAACCACGUGCUCAAUCAAUACUUUGGAGAUUUGCUCAGUUUGUACAUAUUGUAAUGAGAGGGACAUUUUGUAAGGACACAAGAGACCUCAAUGAAAGCUACUAUACAUUCACACUUUCCACAUAGGAAAGUCUUGUGGCUUCGGUGCAGCAGUUUAUUUUUGAUAACUUAUUUAAGUGAUUUCAGAAUGUCAUGCCAAUGUAAUGCCUAUUUGCAGAGAGAGAGAGAAUUAAAAAAAAGAUUUUCCAACACCAGCUUUAUACCAUAGCACAGACACUGUCAAAAGAUUCUCUUACUCUGUCUUAGUGGAUCUUUCUUGGGGCGUGUGUGUGUGUGUUUGUUUAACAAAGUUGUAGUGAUGAAUUACAGGGCUUGGAGAGGAAGCUCAUUAGUUCAUUAGUGUAGAACCCACGUUUACAGUGGUACUGUAUGUACAGUAGGCUUUCGGUCUGCAGCUGGUUUGCAGCAUUCGUUUCUGCCCACACAAUCUCUUGGCUAGUGACUAAAGGAGGCCAAGUGACCAAAAGACUGGGUUUUAUCGAUACAAAUCUCAAUUUUGCAUUUUAAAAACCAGUUUCUGAUAUUUAAAGAUCUGACCGCGGUCAUUCAAAUUUUAUUGUGAAAGUAAAUUA